CCUCUGUAAAUCACAAUCACAAAAGAAAACCUAAACAUGGCCGCAGCAGCCGUACCGAAAUCGAUGAGCUUGAAACUGCUGAUCGACACACAAGGCAAAAGGGUCCUCUACGCGGAAGUCAACAAAGGCUUCGUCGAUUUCCUGUUUCAUAUACUCUCUCUGCCCGUGGGCACUCUUGUUAGUCUUUUGAAAAGUCAAGGUAACAUCGGCUCAUUAGCAAACCUAUACAACAGCAUCGAAAAUCUUAACGAUUCUUACAUACUAUCAAAGCAAACGAAGAAUACCCUUUUGAAACCAAAGCCCCUCUCUCUCGCCGCUGGUCCGAAUGUUCCUCACCAUAAUCCAUAUGCUGCUAGAAACAUCUACACCUGCUCGUGUAAUUAUAACUCGUAUGCUUCUGUAGACCUGAAAACAGUUUGUCCGAUCUGCAAGAAAGAAAUGGUCAAACUCAUAACUUUUGUGGGUCCUAGUUCGUGUGGUGAAGUUGGAUUUGUCAAGGAUAUGGUUACUUACAUGGUGAUGGAUGAUUUGUCUGUCACGCCGUUGUCUACGAUGUCGAGCUUCGCUUUGCUCCUUAAACUUGAUGUUAAGGAUAUGAGUGCCGUGGAGGAGAAGGUGGUCAAUUUUGGCAUGGAUGAGGCUGUGAAGCUGUUGAAUGCUUCUUUGCAUACUCACAAUGUUCUUACCGAUGUCUUCCUCAAUUGCACAACUAGUACUUCAAAGAAACGUGCAUGUAAGAGUGAAACUUAACGGUGGUAAGGUGAUCGAGCCGAUUGAUCAGGAUUAAGGAUGAUCAAGAACUCGAAGACUGGUUUCGGCAAAGGUCCUUCAAGAAGUUUGGUUUCGUCGUUUUUGGUAUUAGUUAUAGACUUCUUUAGCUUAAUUAGUUUUUACACUUUUAAUGGAUUUUGAUCUUCUAUUACUAGUGUAAGUGGCUCUUACAUUUUUGUUUAAUAAAAUUAUUUGGAGGGUUUUAUUUCUA